AUGUUCGUUUGGAGUAUACGUUGGCUUUACGAAGCCUCAAUGAAUUUUGACAAACCAGAAAAUUCAAAAUUUUUUUCCACGUUAGUUGUGUUCCUUGUUGUUCUAGUCAUUGUUCGACUCAUACAAAUAUUUCGGGAAUUGAAAUCAUUGCCACCGGGACCGUGGGGUCUUCCGAUAUUCGGGUACUUGCCUUUUUUAAAAACCGAAGCACACAUACAUUUCGGUGAACUUGCUAAAAAAUACGGUUCGUUGUUCAGCACACGUUUGGGAAAUCAGUUAAUCGUUGUCGUGAGUGAUCAUAAAGCGAUUAGAGAAGCUUUCAGAAGAGAAGAAUUCACCGGAAGACCACAUACGGAAUUCAGCAACAUACUAGGAGGCUACGGAAUCAUAAACAGCGAAGGAAAAUUAUGGAAAGAUCAAAGAAGGUUUUUGCACGAAAGGUUAAGACAUUUCGGCAUGACCUAUUUUGGUUCGGGAAAAGAAAACAUGGAAAAAAGAAUCAAGGUAGAAUUAGAGUCGUGUUUACGAACCAUAUCGAAACAAGAAGGAGCCGAAGUGGAUUUAAAUCCCUUGUUAGCGAUGCCCAUAAGCAAUAUCGUCUGCUCAAUAUUAAUGAACGUUAAGUUCAAGCCGAACGACGACAGGUUCAAGCGGUUCAUGGAUCUGAUCGAUGAAGGUUUUCGACUUUUCGGUAUCUUGACUUAUGUUAAUUUUAUACCUGCAAUGCGAUAUCUUCCCGGAUUACAAGCGACGAGAAAAUUAUUGCACAGAAAUAGAAUUGAAAUGGCGGCUUUUUUCCAAGAAACAAUUGACGAACAUAAAAAGACAUUCGAUCCGAGCGUUAUGAGAGAUGUUGUCGAUGCUUAUCUUAUGGAAAUAGAAAAUGCCGGAGAAAAAGGGAAAACUCUUUUCGAGGGAAAAGAUCACGAUAGACAAGUUCAACAAAUUAUUGGUGAUCUUUUUACCGCCGGUAUGGAAACCGUAAAAACGACCCUUCAGUGGGCGGUCGUAUACAUGCUUCACCAUCCCGAAGUCGCCAAGGCUGUGCAAGAGGAGUUGGAUCAAGUCGUGGGAAGGAAUAGGUUGCCAAAUUUAGAAGAUAUGCCAUUCUUACCGUACACGGAAUCGACACUUUUAGAAAUAUUAAGGAGAUCUAGCAUAGUGCCAUUAGGAACAACACACGCCACAACAAGAGACAUUAAUUUUAAUGGGUACAAAAUUCCAAAACACGCACACAUAGUUCCACUUUUACACGCCGUACACAUGGAUCCAAAUCUAUGGGAUCAACCAGAAGACUUCAGACCCUCAAGGUUCCUCAAUAGCGAAGGCAAAGUAACCAAGCCUGAAUAUUUUCUUCCUUUCGGCGUGGGAAGGAGAAUGUGCCUGGGAGACGUUCUCGCGAGGAUGGAGCUUUUCCUAUUCUUUUCAAGUUUGCUACACGUUUUUCACAUAAAACUUCCAGAGGGUCAAUCAUUACCCAGUUUAAAAGGAAACACGGGAGUCACAAUAACUCCGGAUUCCUUCAAGAGUGUGAGCCUGACUGAUUUUUUCCCGAUUUACCCCGUUGGAUAA